AUGGCAAACGUUGAUACUUCUCUCCCUCCCGAGCCAAGCGGCGCAGCCAGCCAACUGGCAUCCAAGCACUCAGCCGAGCAUCCCCUCAAGCUCUACGGCGGUUGGUUCUGCCCGUUUGUCCAGCGGUCAUGGAUCACGCUGGUGGAGAAGGGUAUCCCGCACCAGUACAUCGAGAUCAACCCAUAUCUCAAGGAGGCGUCGUUCCUAGCCCUCAACCCACGCGGUCUGGUACCUACACUUGGUGUCCCUGCUCCGGACGGCUCGCAGCGCGCACUCUACGAAAGCAACAUUGUGUGCGAGUAUCUAGACGAAGAAUACUCUGAUGAGUCCCAAUACGGACCACCUCUUCUUCCCAGGGAUGAUGCUUAUGCUCGUGCCCGUGCACGUCUGUGGAUCGACCAUGUUGGCAGUAGAAUCAUCCCUGCCUUCUAUCGUCUUCUGCAGCACACACCAGACAAGGACUACACGCUCGACCAGGCGCGGGCCACGCUGCACGAGCACAUCCUCACGUUUGUGCGGCAGAUGGACGAGGGGACGUGGUUCCUGGGCGACAGCUUCAGUCUUGUCGAUGUUGUGCUUGCGCCGUGGGCGAAGCGCCUGUGGCUGAUUGACCAUUACAAGCCCGGGGGUACCGGAAUCCCAGAUGGUACUGCCAGCAAGGAAUGGGCUCGUUGGAAGGUCUGGUAUGAUGCUAUUGUGCAGAGACCCAGUGUGAGGGAUACGUGGAGUGAUGAUGAGCGUUACCUCAUCUCGUAUAAGCGCAGCGGCGCAUCAGCACCGUGGCACAGAAGCAGCAGCACAAUGUCAGAAGAUCGCUUCACCCCGCAGAACAAAUCCACUCACGAGCGCCUCACAACAAACACAGUCGGCCUGGUGGCCUUUUCCGAUUUCCGCAAACGACGCGCCCAGGUGAUUGAGGAGCAGGAGCGCGAAUCCCGCGGAGCUGCCAGCGCGACGGCCACUACCACGGCUUCUGCAGCAACAAGUGACACGGAGGCCAAAGAGUCGUCGGCCAAUCCACCCAAUAAAAAGGCCAAGACGGCAGCCAACAGCAAGAAAAAUGUCGAGAAUAGGACAGAGAAGAAGAAGAAGAAGAAUCUUCUAUCCUUUGACGACGAGGACGACAACGACGAUGCCAAACCGACACCCAACGAUGAUAACGACGGCGAUAAAAGCCAGAAGAUUGACGAAAAGAAAGAGGCCUCGGCCGGCACCAGCAAAUUCAAACCAAACGCAUCGGUGGACCUGGUGCCCAAGCCCAUGACCAAGGCCGCACUGCGGAGGGAAGCGGCGGAACGGGAGGCGCUGCGCAAGGAGUUUCUCGCCCUCAAGGAAGCGGUCAAGGCCACCGAGAUUGCGAUCCCGUUUGUCUUUUACGACGGGACCAACAUUCCCGGCGGUAUAGUGCGCCUGAAGAAGGGCGACUUCUCGUGGCUGUUCCUGGACAAGAGCAGGAAGGUCGGUGCGCAGCUGGGUGUUGGUGAGAAGAGGAUUGCCAAUGCGAGGAAGAAUUGGGCUCGUGUCGGUGUCGAUGACCUGAUGCUUGUCAGGGGAACCAUUAUUAUUCCCCAUCACUACGACUUUUAUUACUUCAUCGUCAACAAGUCCCUCGGCCCAGACGGACAUCGAAUCUUUGGCUACUCCAACCAAGCCCCCGAAAAGCCCACCCCCCUAGGAGGAGCCUUGGCCCCCAACGACCUCCCUGACAUCACCACCCUUGAGGGCGCAGACGAUGACCCGACCCUGACGAAGGUGGUCGAUCGGAGAUGGUACCAGCGGAACAAGCACAUUUACCCGGCCAGCACUUGGCAGGAAUUCGAGGCUGAAAAGGACUACAUGUCCGAGGUGCGACGCGACACGGGCGGCAACACCUUUUUCUUCUCCGGUUGA